GCUGGUCAGUUGGUACCGGAGAAACUAGCAGCAUCAAAUCUGUCACUGCAUUUUACCCCAUGCAAGCAUCUAAUUCCAACGUCACUAUUGUUAUUGUUGGUGUCGGUCCUGAUUUUACUACCCUAGGAUCUUUUGGUAAAGUGGAUGCUUUCGCAGAAACUCUUGUUAAUGGCUUGGACAGAAGUUGGCAGAGGCCUCCAGGCAUUGCAGCAAAGCUCAUCAAUUCUUCAGCUGCAAAUGGCUUGUACUAUAUUGAAUAUACUUUGCAAAAUCCUGGUGAUAGAUGCAGGCAUAUAUUCUCAGCCAUUGGCUUAGCAUCCAAUGGAUGGUACAAUAGGCUUUACACAGUUACCGGGCAGUUCAUGGACGAUGAGGAAGACAGCUAUAAGUCGGCAGUUGAGAAGUCCGUUCUGUCGUUUAGGUUAAUAUAGCCAUAAAGGAGAUGAGCAACUGGCCGCUGGGCUUGAAGCAAGCCAUUAUUGUAUUGGAAAAACAUUUGAGCAAAGCUGCUUCGUUUGCCUAAAUCUUUGGCUGAUUAUGUUAAUGCUACUGUUUCACUUGUAUUUUUUUUUAAUGAUUAAGUAUUUAUUUAAACACUCUAGAGAAAUAUAUUUUUCAUACUAAAGUAAUAAAAUCUAUAGAAGUUGUCCAGGUCAUUUUUUUUCAAAACUGACCUGC